AUGGACUGUCUCCUGCUGGUCGUCUGGACUUUACCUGUUGCGGUUCUCGGCGGCAGCUCCAUGCAAUUCCCGGCUCUCCCGUGGCUUGGAAGCACUAUAAAGGCAGGUCGAGAGCACUUUCUUUUGCAGUCGCCUAGUACCCUUCAGCUGUGCUGCCUGUCUCAUGCAGCAACUUUAACCAGUGACAGCAUCAGUGAAUUGAAUCAUGAUUAUGUAUUUGUGACACCUGUCAGAGUGGAUUCCAGUGGAUCGUACAUUUCACAUGAUGUUUUGCACAGUACUAGGAGAAAGAGAUCAACUCAGAGUUCAAAGAGUUCCUUGCACUACAAAUUUUCAGCAUUUGGACAGGAACUUCACUUAGAACUUAAACCUUCGACCAUUUUAAGCAACAGUUUUAUUGUCCAGGUACUCGGGAAAGAUGGAGUCUCAAAUUCUCAGGAACAUGAAAUUGAGCAGUGUUUCUACCAGGGAUUUAUAAGGAAUGAUAGCACCUCUUCGGUAGCAAUAUCUACAUGUGUAGGCUUGUCAGGUUUGAUAAGGACACAGAAGAUCGAGUUCCUUAUAUCUCCAUUACCUCAGCAGCUAGCACAGGAGCACAACUACACAUCACCUGCUGGACACCAUCCUCAUGUGUUAUAUAAACGAACUGCAGAAGAGAAGGUGCACCGGUACACAGUAGAGUCCAAUCCCAAAUACUUUUCUUUUGGUCAUCACAGAAUUCACACUUCCCACAAGUAUCAUGCUCAAGCGAAUGGUUACCACCGUGGAAGGUUUCAAAAGCAACAUUUUUGUGGACGUCGCAAGAAAUAUGCACCUAAGCCACCCACAGAAGAGACAUACAUUCGCUCAGAUGAAUAUGGGACUUCUGCAAGGUUCAAAAGAUCGUCUGCUAAAAUUCAAAAAAAUGGAAGUCUAAAUGUUGAAACCCUUGUUGUGGCAGAUAAAAAAAUGUUGGAGAAACAUGGCAAGGAAAAUGUAACAACAUACAUUUUAACAGUUAUGAAUAUGGUCUCUAGUCUGUUUAAAGAUGGAACAAUUGGAAGUGAUAUAAACAUUAUUAUUGUGAGCCUUCUUCUUUUGGAACAAGAGCCUGGUGGAUUACUGAUUAACCACCAUGCAGACCAGUCACUGAACAGCUUUUGUCAAUGGCAAUCUGCUCUGGUUGGGAAGAAUGGAAAGCGCCAUGACCAUGCCAUCUUGCUUACGGGUUUUGAUAUCUGCUCCUGGAAAAAUGAGCCCUGUGAUACUUUAGGAUUUGCACCUAUCAGUGGCAUGUGCAGUAAAUACCGUAGUUGCACCAUUAAUGAAGAUACGGGCCUUGGACUGGCUUUUACAAUUGCUCAUGAAUCUGGACACAACUUUGGUAUGAUUCAUGAUGGAGAAGGAAAUCCUUGUAGAAAAGCUGAGGGUAAUAUUAUGUCUCCUACACUCACAGGAAACAAUGGAGUGUUUUCUUGGUCUGUAUGCAGCAGGCAGUAUCUCAACAAAUUUCUCAGUACAGCUCAAGCUGCCUGCCUGAUUGAUGAACCUAAGCAAACAGGACAGUAUAAAUACCCUGACAAACUGCCAGGGCAGAUCUAUGAUGCUGAUACCCAGUGCAAAUGGCAAUUUGGAAUGAAAGCAAAACUGUGCAACCUCAGCUUUGUAAAGGAUAUAUGCAAAUCUCUCUGGUGUCACAAAGUGGGCCAUAGGUGCGAGACAAAGUUCAUGCCAGCAGCAGAAGGAACCUCUUGUGGUAUAAGUAUGUGGUGUCGAAGAGGACAGUGUGUCAAAUAUGGUGAUCAUGGACCCAAGCCUGUAAAUGGCCAAUGGUCUGCCUGGUCCGAGUGGUCAGAGUGUACUCGCACUUGUGGAGGUGGGGUCACAUACCAGGAAAGACACUGCGAUAAUCCAAAGCCACAGUAUGGCGGCAAAUUCUGCCAAGGUUCCAGUCGUAUUUAUCAACUUUGUAAUAAUCAGCCGUGUCCAGCAAAUAGCUUGGACUUCCGUGCCCAGCAGUGUGCAGAAUACAACAGCAAACCUUUCCGGGGAUGGUACUACAAGUGGAAGCCGUAUACUAAAGUGGAAGAGGAAGAUAGAUGUAAAUUGUAUUGCACAGCUGAAGACUUUGACUUUUUCUUUGCGAUGUCUAGCAAAGUGAAGGAUGGAACUCUGUGUUCUCCCAAUAAAUAUGAUGUUUGCAUUGAUGGAAUAUGUGAACAAGUAGGGUGUGAUCGUGGACUUGGUUCCAAAGCUGUAUUGGAUGCUUGCGGAGUUUGUAAAGGAGAUAAUUCAACGUGCAAGUUCUUUAAAGGCCAAUAUUUGAUCCAACACAAAGCUAAUGACUACUAUGCUGUGGUCACUGUUCCAGCAGGAGCACGCAGUAUACAGCUCCACGAAAUGCAAAUCUCCACCAGCUACCUUGCAGUGCGCAACCUCAGUAAAAAGUAUUAUCUGACAGGAGACUGGACAAUUGACUGGCCAGGAAAGUUCUCUUUCGCUGGAACAGUUUUUGAUUAUCAACGCUCUUUUAACCAUCCGGAGAGUCUAUAUGCAGCAGGACCGACUAAUGAGACGCUGGUCUUUGAAAUCCUGUUACAAGGCAAAAAUCCUGGUAUUGCUUGGGAAUACACAUUUUCCAAAACCAACAAUGAAAACAAGACAUCUGUGAAAACCCAUAGCUACUCCUGGGUGACGGUGCAGUCAGAGUGCUCAGCUACUUGUGGUGGUGGACACCUUACAGCAAAAGCAAUCUGUUUAGAACAUCAUCGUAUACGAGUUAAUUCCUCCUUUUGUGGCCCAAGGACAAAGCCUUCAUCUGAAACAAAACUAUGCAAUACUAAUCCCUGCCCAGCAUACUGGUCAACAGGCGAAUGGAGCACAUGCAGCAAAUCUUGUGGAGGAGGGGAACAAAGCCGUCUCGUUCAGUGUGUCCAGAAAAGGGCUUUCCAAAGAGAGGAGGUAGUGGCCCAUUCCCUGUGUCCUGUCAGCACCCCAACACAGAUGCAGAUGUGCAAUAGUCAGGACUGCCCACCUGAAUGGAGCCCUGGCCUAUGGUCUCAGUGCUCCAAGACUUGUGGGAGAGGUGUUAAGAAACGGGAUGUCUACUGCAAAAGUACCGGUUCUCCCAAGGUUAAGAUAUUGCCUGAAAGUAUGUGCAGCAGAGACCAUAAACCUGAAUCCCAGCAGACCUGUGUGCUAGGACGCUGCCCCAAAAACGACCGACUCCAGUGGGUGAUUUCUUCCUGGAGUGAGUGCUCAGCCUCCUGUGGCCCAGGUGUGCAAAGGCGAGAAUUAAAAUGCGGUGAGAAAAGCAUCCAUGGGAAAUUGAUCACCUUUCCUCAGAGAAGAUGUAGAAACAUCAAGAAACCAAACACCAACCUGGAAGAAGCCUGUAACAAGGGAGCCUGUCCAUCGCAAACGUUGUAUAACAUGGUGUCUGGCUGGUAUUCCUCACCCUGGCAGCAGUGCACAGUAACGUGCGGAGGAGGAGUGCAAACCCGGAGCGUACAGUGCCUGCGCCAAGGAAGACCAGCUUCUGGGUGCUUGCCCCAUCAGAAACCAGCAGUCCUGAGAGCCUGCAAUACUAACUUCUGCCCAGUCCCUGUGAAAAGAGAUGAUCCUUCUUGUGUGGAUUUCUUCACGUGGUGUCAUCUGGUACCCCAGCACGGUGUCUGUAACCACAAAUUUUAUGGCAAGCAAUGUUGUAAAUCAUGCACGAAGAAGAACUGAUAGCAGCAUGUUAACUGAACCCUUCAGUGCCAGGAUUCUCUUCAAUUGAUGUUGGAAUUAACUUUGCUUUGAGGCAAGACAUGGUGCCGCAGAAACCACUGAUGGAAGAGACAUCUUUUCUAAGGGAAUGUCUGAGGUACAGUAAUUGCUGGAUAGAUGUUGAAAAAGGAAUGUUUCUGUUUUUUUCUUUCUUUCCUGACCUCACUGAAGUACAGGGUACUAUGGAUCACUUGAACACUGAGACUCCAGGGGCAGUUCUUCUUUCUUUAAAAGUGUCAUUUUGCACUGUCCUGUGUUAUGAGGAAGAAAUUAAGGCAAGGAAGCCGUUUCUGGCUAAUUUCCCAGAAUGCAAAGCAAAAGAGAUUGGGAGCUCGAGGAGGAAGGUUACAGCGUGGCAGCAUG